AUGGCUAUUCAGAACGUAGCAGUUGUGGGAGGCUCUGGCCUUCUCGGCUCCAAAGUCGUCAGCAGUCUUCUUAACGCUGGUUUCAACGUUACUGCUAUCACUAGAAACGAAUCUACGGCAACAUUCCCCAGCAAAGUGACAGUCAAGCGUGUCGACAUCACCUCGCUGGAGUCAAUCAAAGAAGCAAUCACCGGCUUAGAUGCCGUAGUAUCGACUGUAACAACCGCUGCGACAGGUCAACAAAAAGGCAUCAUUGAUGCUGCCAUAGCUGCUAGAGUCCCUCGCUUCAUUCCAUCUGAGUUUGGAAUUCCUUCAAGAGAGAAUCGCGAUACCAAGAUCGGCAGACUCCUCGCUGCCAAGAUCCAAAACACCGACUACUUGAUUGAACUUGCAGAAAAGCAUGAAUGGUUUUCAUGGACCGGUCUGUCCAACGGCCUGUUUCUCGAUGCAGGACUUCGCAAUGAAAGGGGGUUCGUCAACAUCAAGGAACGCAAAUUCCGCCUUGUCGAUUCUGGCAACGAGCCUUAUUCUACAAGCACACUCGCAUUCAUCGGCGAUGCUGUAGCUGCCAUACUCAAGAAGCCAGAUGAGACAGCGAACAAAUAUCUUGACAUCGCAGGUGUCACUACAACCCAAAAUGAAGUUCUUCAACUAGUCGAGCAGAUCACUGGAGACAAAUUUGAGAUUUCACGUAUUAGCAGCGCCGAGUUGGAAAAGAUUGGAGAUGAGAAGAUUGCCAGAGGGGACUUCAGUGCUUUUGGCAACUAUCUGGAGCAGUUUCUGUUUGCAGAUGGGGCUGGCCAUUCGCUCACUGGGGAGACGAAUGCUAUUGAGCUGCUUGGCCUGGAGAAGGAGAAGCUUGAGGAAGUGAUCAAGAGUGUCGUGGCCGAGAUAAAUUGA